ACCAGAAGGUGUCGGUAAUGCACCCAAAAGUUGCCAUCCGCCAAUUGAAGAGGAAGAAGAACCUUCGUUAAUAUCAUCUUCAAGAAGAUGGCGGCGUUGACUGCAAGUCGUCCAACUCUCGGCGGUUUCAGUUUUGACAACUGUAAACGAAAUGCAUUUCUUGACCACAAAGCACAGGAAUUGGGCUGUACUUUGCCAGCUCCUCGUAAAACUGGAACUACUAUCUGCGGUGUUGUUUUUAAGGGUGGGAUCAUCCUGGGUGCUGACACCAGAGCCACUGAGGGCAUGGUAGUGGCUGACAAGAACUGCUCCAAGAUACACUACAUCUCACCCAACAUUUAUUGUUGUGGAGCAGGAACGGCUGCCGACACGGAAGUGACCACGCAGAUGAUCUCCUCCAAUCUGGAACUGCACGCCCUUUCCACAGGCAGACUGCCGCGUGUGGCCACUGCCAACCGCAUGUUCAAGCAAAUGCUCUUCAGGUAUCAGGGUUACAUUGGGGCUGCUCUUGUCCUUGGUGGAGUGGACUGUAACGGUCCUCAUCUUUACAGCAUCUACCCUCAUGGCUCCACUGACAAGCUUCCUUAUGUCACCAUGGGAUCUGGAUCCCUGGCUGCCAUGGCCGUGUUUGAAGACAGAUACAAGCCCGACAUGGAGGAGGAGGACGCCAAGAAGCUUGUGCGGGACGCCAUUGCUGCAGGAAUCUUCAACGAUCUGGGUUCUGGCAGCAACAUAGAUCUGUGUGUGAUCACUAAGGAUAAGGUGGACUACAUCCGGCCCCAUGAUCAGGCCAACAAGAAGGGCACCAGAAGUGGGAACUACACGUACAAACGAGGAACCACAGGUGUGUUGACCAAGCAGGUGACCCCAUUGACCUUGGAUGUGAUGGAGGAAAGUGUACAAACCAUGGAUACUUCCUAAUAUACAUGUGUUCAAAAUGCAAUGUCACUGCUUUGUUUCCAAUAAAAUUCAACUUUCUUCUU